UGAGAGAGGAACGUUUGAUGCAUCGCCCCUCCCGCGCGCUGUUCAACCUUGCCCUUUCGCUCGCAUCCGCGGGCAAACAGCUCAUUUGCGAGCGCCAUAGUCAGCGUCAUGGGUACAGCGGCUGAAGCUGACACUGCGGAAUUGUGUCCGGAGGCCCAGCGGCCUCGCCGCUUCCCGGCCAAGUACGUUUGCAUCGCCGGCUCUCUGGUAGCGCUCGUGCUACUCGCGUUAGCCCUAUCUUAUCCGAUCAGCAGCCUGUUCGGCGGCAAGCGACUGGACGACGCUUACAAGAACGCAAGUGUCGAUGAGAACGAGAUCGACGACAGUGCUCCCGAUGGCUACCGACCGACGCGAGACGGAUUCAAGCCGGACGUCUCGGAAAACGAAAAAGAGCCGCCGCUUUCUUCAACGCCUGCGUCGACUACGGAGUCAACCACCACCACCACAACUACGCCGUCAACGACAACCACAACGCAGUCUACGACGACCAGCACGACCACGAUGACCCCGGAGACCACGACGGAACAGCCCUCGACGGAGCGAGCUACCAGGAGGCACCGGAGGUCUCAUCGCGACGUGCCCGAGACUACGACGGCGGUAUCGCCGACGAAUCGAACGUCGAGAAUCCGGCCGUGGCUCAACCGCACCAGAGGUCCCGCCGUACCCGGCUACGUUUCGUACGAGAUCUCCAUGAAGAAGGUCAGCGUCCAGGUGGUCUACGAGUGCCUCUGCCCGCACAGCCGCCGCUUCAUCGUCUCCCAGCUGCUGCCCGUGUACGAGUUGCUGCGGGAGUACAUGCACCUCACGCUUUUGCCCUUCGGCCGAGCCCGCGUCGAGAACGGUAGCGGAAGCAGCGGCGGUGACGAUGCCGGUAGCAACAACACCGCCGCCGUCAACAACGGCAACAGCACCGAUGGCUCUGACGGUACGGAUAACACGAGAAGCAGCAUCUCUACCGAGAGCCCCGACAGCACCCAGGGCAGCACAGACAGCAGCGCCAGCGCAAACACCACCGACGCCGACAGCGACGGCAGGGGCAACAGCAGCGAGCACAACUCCACGUCCAGCCCCACCAUCAGGUGCACCCGCGGCAGCAAGGAGUGCCACGCCAACAUGGUCCAGACGUGCGUCAUGAGACAUGUCGAGGAGACCCUGACCGCGGUGAGGAUCAUCGCCUGCAUGUCCCGGCACCCCGACCCGCACCGCGUCGGCCGGCGCUGCGUCGAGCAGCACGGAGUGGAGUGGCACCUGGUGGACCAGUGCGUCACCGCGGAAGGCAAGUUGCUCAUGCUGGACAUGGGCAAGAAGACGUGGCUCAUCACGGCCAGCGUGAACAGCACGCCUCUGGUGCGGAUCCAGGGCGAGAUGAGCCAUAUCAUCCAGGUCGAGGCGCAGACCAACCUGCUGGGACUGAUGUGCGACCGCCUGCACAACCGUCACGAGGCGUGUCGCGGCCGUGCGAACGGUACGACUACCGCGCAGGAGGGGCUGGUCGGAGACGACGCCUCGACCACUGCCACUCCGCCGCGUACCACGACUCUGACCCCGUCGACGGGCUGCUGAACUGGGCGCCGCCGCUGUCGUCAGGACAGUCUUUAAGUGCAUUUUUCUUGUUAGCUUAAAACAGGCUUUCUGCGCCGUUUCGGCCAACUUGCUUAUAGUCGUUAUGCCAGCUGGUUUCGAUCUGUUUCUCUAGUUUUUAGUUUUCUAUUGUGUACAUGCAUUUCUCUUGUAAUUCUACCGUUUCUUUCUCUUUAAUAUUAGGCAGAUGGGAGAUGGACCUCUAUGGCCUCUCGUGAUGGCAGUUGCCCUGCUUGUCAUCCGUACUGUCUCGCUUUUCAAAAUAUUUUGCACUAUAUAUUUAAUCUUGUUAUCCAUGUUGCACAUUGAUGGUUUUAGUGGCCGCUGAAAGCGGCUGGAAGCUUAAUCUUGAUUCUGCAGCACGCCUUUUUUCCCCCAUCAGAAAACUGUGGCGGCGUCACCGCUCUUAAAGUUCAGUCAUUCCACAAUGUACACUGUGACAGAAAGUAGCGAUGUGUUGCAGGCAUGCAGUGUCCACGUCGCGCGGCCGUGCAACUUAACACUUCUUCAGUCAUGGCACUUGCGAAGCUACGUAAUGAAACCCAGCCCACUUCCGGGACUAUUCCGGAAGCUAGCGGACCGACGCGCCAUUCAUUACCGACAAAGCGAAACACUGCUUCUAUUUUCAGUCCUUGUUAAAACAUGCGCGAAAUGUCAACACCGGCUGGCUCACAUCAUUAUAAUUGCAACGACUUGUUGUUGCACAUAAAUAUAACUACAGCGACUAUUUUCUGUUCUUAUCUAAUUGGGAGGCGGACGGGUGAAAGAAGGGGUGGGUAUGUAAAGGCAUCAGCAGCAACAGUCAGCGUACAGCUGAUUUCUUUCCCCUUUUUAUUUACGUACUGCGAGAACAGUGACGUAACACAAAAAGGGUUCUAAGGCGUUGUGGUUGAAGAAAGCGUCUCAAGAUGCCGAUGCCAGCGCUGCUGUCCAUCUCUCCGGUGCUCCGAUAUUCUAGAAACUGUAAUAGGUUGUGCUUGAAAACAUGGCUGCCAUGACGUGUUUCCAGCUCCUGCAAUCGCUUCCGGUGCCUUCAUUAUAACAAAAGCAUGACCUCGGAGAUUGGCCUUCGUUUCUUCGAUGGAGCCAUCUCUGAUCAAUCAAUCAAUCAAUCAAUCAAUCAAUCAAUCAAUCAAUCAAUCAAUCAAUCAAUCAAUCAAUCAAUCAAUCAAUCGUUUUUUUAUACAACGAACAGAAAAAAAUACAUCGCUAAACUUGCAGAACGAAAUCCCCGAGUACAAGGCUGCAUUAUCUCCUGUCACGAAGUUAUAUAAACAAUAAAUGUGGAGUGCAAUUCGAGCUUCCGGGAGCUAAAACUCUUACAGGGCUCGGAAGCCUGUCCGUAAACUUGUGUUACAAAUUGCGGAAAGCUUUAGCCUUCGCUUUCUUUUAUUUAUGUCUUUCUUUAUAGAUCCACGUCUGACGCGACAAUCGGUACUACUCCCUUCUUUUGACAAACAAUCGUGCCAUAUUUUGAUGUAUAUGGGAACUAAAAAGAGCCCGGAAAUCCUGCCAAGUCCUGGGCUACACUGAAUGGACGACCGCUGGCUAGUCUGCAUCGAUCUUACCUUAGGUUCCAGACGAAAAAAAAAAAAAAAGAAAUGACGAGAAAGGCUUGAGAGAAAUUCUGCAUAACCAUGGCAACGCACUGAUUUCAGAAUGUCAAAAUGUUAGUGUACGUACUUUGGGCGCAUGUUAAAAAAAGAAAAAAAAACUUGGUCAAAAUAGCCUUGUGCAGCUUUGUAACGUUAAACACCAUAACUUAUAUAAAAACCCGCCGUGGUUGCUGACUGGUUAUGGUGUUGGGCUGCUAAGCACGAGAUCGCGGGAUCGAAUUCCGGCCACGGCGGCCGCAUUUAGAUGGGGGCGAUAUGCGAAAACACCCGUGUACUUGAAGUUAGCUUCACGUCAAAGAACCCCAGGUGGUACGGAUUUCCAGAGUCCCCCACUACGGUGUGCCUUAUGAUCAUAUCGUGGUUUUGGCACGUAAAACCCCAUAAUAUAAUUUUAACUUAUAAAAGAUAUUUCGUGUGAUUUCCGUAUAGCACGCCCGUGAUGCCUAUGUAUUUAUGCUACAAUAGCAAGUGGCAUUUGACUGUGGAUAUACCUACACUGCGGAAUUAAAGGUGCAUGCUGUUAUUCUGCGCACGGGGGUGGGGCCGGGGACGACAACGUCUAGUCAAGCAGCUGGCCAGAGUGCACAAAUGUACAAACGAAACCGUUGUUUUGAGAAAGGAAAAUAAAUUUGGUUUGGAAUUGGC